GAUAACCCGAAUCUACAUCUAAACAUUCUUGAAAAGAGUUUAUCAGAAAUUUUGUCGACAAAAUGCCAGCAGAAGUACGACGAAAAUAUUUUAACGGAACAUAACGGCCUUAAGAAUUAGUUUUUACUUAUCGCUUAUCGACUAAAUAGAUUGCGACGAAUAUCAUGUGCAUAUGAAUCUUCGCAAGUUAUUAGGAAAAAAGCUGGAGAUUUGCUUCUAGCUGCUAGGAAUUUUUGAGAAAUAAUCUUUAGAAUGAUGUGGCAAUCCUGGCUGUCAUUUUCAUCAAGAAUGGUUAUGUAGUGUGUGGAAGAUAAACAGUUCCUGAUCGAGCAAUUUUUAUUAUUAAUAUAUGACGAAAAACGUGGAUAAUUUAAUUCAAAGUGAAAGAGCUGUCUUUUCCUAGAACAGUAGUCUUGAUAUUUUGGAUGUAACAAGGAGAGAAUAUGUAAAAUUUAGGAAUAACGUUUGAACGUGCUUAUUCCUCAUUCAUCGUUAUAUAUCGAUUAAAUAAUAUAAGGAUGAAUUUUGGCGUGGAUUGGGAAGCCGAGCAUCGGCGUGUUUUGUUGGAUGGCAAUGCGGCGUUGGAACGUUCAGCACAGUCAGUCGCAAGAUCGCAGGCUGUCGCAGCAGAGAGUGAGCAGAUUGGUACAGAAGUGAUCUCCGAAUUGGGUGAACAGAGAGAUCGUCUUCUCCGUGCGAAACGGAGACUGUCGCAGACGGACGAGGAACUGAAUAAAACGAGAAAAAUUCUGAAUGUUAUGCGACUGAAGGUUUUGACAAACAAAAUUGUGUUAAUCUUGAUCAUAUUACUAGAAUUGGUCAUUCUUGGUAUAAUUGUAUAUCUAAAAUUUUUUCAUAAAGCAUAAGACAUCUCUUACCGUUAAGUUUACUAAAGCCACAUAAAUAAUAUUAUGUAUAUAAUAUAAAAUAUAUAACAAUGAAUAAAUAUAUUAACA